AAACGCAGCGAAAGGUUGGCUCGGGAGUGAGUUGUCGUCGUCGGUCUCUGUGUUUCGUAUCGUCUCGUUUCGUUCCGUUUGUUCCCGUUGCGCGCAGACAAACAACCAACCAAAUUCAAAAUGUUUUAACGGAAAACACCAAAUUCGAAGAACUCUACGUUAAAUUUAAUGCCAAAUAAAAUACGCAAGUAGCUUGUGGAUUUUCGUAAGCGUUUCGCGAGUUCGUUUUAGUUCGUUUGAUACACUUUCAAAGAGCAAGAAAGCCGUCAUCAUGGGUCUAUCGGAUAUACCAGCCAACUACAUGCAGGGCAGCCACCCGCACCUGAACCUCCAUCCGCAGCAGCAGCACCACCAAAACCAGCAGCACCUGCAGCAUUUGCAACAGAUGCAGAUGCAGCAGCUCCACAACGCCAUGCCCACUCCCGCCCAGCAGGCCGCCCAGGUCCUCGCGCUGGAGUCCAACGAGCUGCUCAUGAGCACCAAGGACAAGCUCUCCAGCAAGAAGAAGAUGCACUUGCUCAAGAAGAUCAAGAAGCGCUUCGGAUUGGUUCGCCGCUCACCCUCCUCCUGUCCUGGUCCCAACAACCUGCCCCCGCUGCAAUUCCACACCGUGCAUGGCGACAACAUCCGGAUAUCGCGGGACGGAACUCUGGCCCGCCGCUUCGAGAGCUUCUGCCGGGCGAUCACCUUCUCCGCCCGUCCGGUGCGCAUCAACGAGCGGAUCUGCGUGAAGUUCGCCGAGAUCUCGAACAACUGGAACGGCGGCAUUCGCUUCGGAUUCACCAGCAACGACCCGGUGACGCUGGAGGGCACGCUGCCCAAGUACGCCUGCCCGGAUCUGACCAACAGGCCCGGUUUCUGGGCGAAGGCUCUGCAUGAGCAGUACUGCGAGAAGGAUAACAUACUCUACUACUUUGUCAACGGAGCAGGCGAUGUGAUCUACGGGAUAAACAACGAGGAGAAGGGCGUCAUCCUGUCGGGCAUCGAUACGCGGAGUCUGCUGUGGACGGUCAUCGAUAUCUAUGGCAAUUGCACGGGCAUUGAGUUCCUGGACUCGCGCAUUUACAUGUACCAGCCGCAGCAGCAGCCAGCUGUUGUGCCCGUCCAGCAGCAGCAGCUGCCCCAGCCCCAGCCGGCUGCCCUGAAUCCCCAUCACCCGCAUCAGCAGUCGAGGAGAUCCCUGCCCGGGCACACGGCGGCCAUCGAGCACGAUCUGGAGCGGCAUGUGAUGCCUUCCCUGCAGUCGCUGCAUUUGGCUGGCAACGGAGGAAGCGUGGCCAGUGUGGAGCAGGCGGUUAUAGCCCAUGAUCUGGCCAACGGACUGCCUCCGCUGCGGUACAAUGCCAACGGGCGGCUGAUACCCGUGCCCUUCCACAACACCAAGGGCCGGAAUGUGCGACUCUCGCAGGAUCGCUUUGUCGCAUCCCGCACGGAAUCGGACUUCUGCCAGGGCUACGUGUUCACCGCGCGACCCAUUCGCAUUGGCGAGAAGCUGAUCGUGCAGGUCCUCAAAACGGAGCAGAUGUAUGUGGGUGCUUUGGCCCUGGGCCUCACCUCCUGCAAUCCGGCCAUGCUGCAGCCGAAUGAUCUGCCCAAUGACUCGGACUUUCUGCUCGAUCGGCCGGAAUACUGGGUGGUUAGCAAAGAUAUAGCGGCUGCUCCUCAGCGCGGCGAUGAGAUCGCCUUCUUUGUGGCCCCCAAUGGCGAGGUGAGCAUCAGCAAGAACAACGGACCCGCCGUCGUGGUGAUGCAUGUGGAUCAGUCCCUCCAGCUGUGGGCCUUCCUGGAUGUCUACGGCUCGACGCAGUCGCUAAGGAUGUUCCGCCAGCAGCUGCCCAACAUGGUGGCGUAUCCGUCGCAGCCGCAGGUGAAUGUGAGUGCCAGCAGCUCGUCCGCCUGCAACGCCGGUGCCUCCACCUCCCGCAUGCUGCCCAUGACCGAGUCGAUGAGCAGCCUGAAUGCCGGAGCCACGGCCAAGCUGCUGCAGCACCAUCCCUCUCAGAGCACCUUGGCCUCGGCUGGUGGCGGAGUCAAUGGCAGCCGCAUGAUCAGCAUGCCCUCCAACGGCGACAUCCUGCAGAUCCAGCCGAAUGGCGGGGGCACCGUGCUGGUGGUGAACCUGCCGCCGGCCAGCAGCUCGAACGACAUCAACGGGCAGCUGAUGGCCAGGCCCUCGGCCACGGUGACCUCCAGCGGAGUGUUGGCCGGAGCCUGCUCCAGCGGCACCCUUAUCAGCACCACCAGCAGCCAGUACAUUGAGCCCAUUGCCAACAGCACGAAUAAUGCGGCCAGCAAGUGGAAGGACAGCCUGAGCGACCAGCAGAGCACCGACUCGAGCGCCGAGUGCACCAUCUGCUACGAGAACCCCAUCGACUCGGUGCUGUACAUGUGCGGCCACAUGUGCAUGUGCUACGACUGCGCCAUCGAGCAGUGGCGGGGAGUGGGCGGCGGCCAGUGCCCGCUGUGCCGGGCGGUCAUCCGGGACGUCAUCCGCACCUACACCACGUAG